AUGGCAACUAAUAGCUCAAGAGCAGCAGCUGAUGAAACUUCUCCAAAGCCAUGGAAAACCAUCAUCCUCUCAGAGCUCAAGAAACAAGCAAACAUCACACUGCCAUUGAUACCAAUGAACUCUACUUGGUUCAUCAAAACAGCAAUCACCACCGCCUUCCUCGGCCGGCUCGGAGAGCUCGAGCUCGCUGCCGGAACUCUCGGCUUCACCUUCGCCAACGUCACCGGCUUCUCCAUUCUCACCGGCCUCUGUUGGGCCAUGGAACCCAUUUGUGGGCAAGCUCAUGGUGCUCAAAACCACAAGCUCUUACACAAGACACUCUUCAGGGCCAUCUUGCUUCUCUUACUCACUAGCAUUCCCAUCUCCUUCUCAUGGAUCUAUGUGGACAAAAUCUUUCUUCUCGUUGGCCAGCAAGAGGACAUGGCAGAGCUUGCAAAGGUUUAUGUAAUAUAUCUCCUUCCAGACUUAGUGGUCACCUCACUCCUAUGUCCUCUUAAGACUUAUUUAAGCUCACAAGGAGUAACACUUCCAACACUCUUCAGCUCAGCUAUAGCCCUUGCUUUCCAUGUUCCACUUAACAUCUUGCUUUCAAGGAAUAAGGGACUCAAAGGAGUGGCUCUAGCCACUGGGUUAACAGACCUUAUAGCCACAAUAACACUAGCCAUAUACGUGAUUAUCAGUGAGAUAAUUAAAAAGAAAGCUGGCCAUGAAGAGGAGUCAGAGUUAAGAGGAGGAGGAGGAGGAUGGUGGUUGUUGGAUCUUUUAAAGGUGAGUGAAUGGUUACAUUUGCUUAAGCUAGCCAUGCAGUGCUGUUUCAUGGGGUGCAUGGAGUGGUGGUGCUAUGAGAUCUUGAUCAUGCUCUCAGGGAGAGUACUCGCCGGCGACGAUGGCAGGAGAUCGGUGGCUGUGCUUACGGUGGUGUUAAACUUUGAUUAUCUUCUUUAUGCUGUGAUGAUCUCCAUGGCUACUUGUGCUUCCACACGUGUCUCAAAUGAUCUUGGAGGUGGCCAUGCACAGAGAGCUUGGUUUUCAGCUUGUGUUUCUUUGGGUUUAGGAGUGGUUGCAGGGUUCAUUGGAGGGAUGGCAAUGGUGUCAUUUAGAGGGUAUUGGGGAGGUUUGUUUAGUAAUGAUGAAGGGGUUGUUAAGGGAGUUAGAAAGGGGCUCUUGUUCAUGGCUUUGGUGGAGGUGUUUAGUAUUCCUUUAGGGGUUUGUGGAGGUGUUGUACGUGGGACAUCAAGGCCAUGGUUAGGGAUGUUUAGUGCUGGAGGGUUUUAUGUUGUGGGGUUGCCCUUGGCUGUGGUUUUGUGUUUUGAGGUUGGGAUUGGGGUGGAAGGGUUGUUGUUGGGGUAUAUGGGUGGAUGUGUGACUGGUUUGGGUUUGAUAUGUGUUGUUGUGGCUUGUCUUGAUUGGGUUGGAGAAGCUGAGAAGGCUACACAGUUUGCUGUUUCUGUUUGA